AUGGUGGAUGACGGAAGCAGCGCGUGUAUUGUUCACCCACGAGUUCUCGUGCAAAUGAGACUCGAGGAUAAACUAAUACCGCGUUGCAUAACACUAACGGGUUUUAAUAAUGCAGUGGAGCAAAUAUAUGGAGAAAUAGUGCUACCCGUCCUGGCAGGAGGGGUCACCCUAGAAACGAUAUUCCAUGUCAUGAAUCAGGAAACAGCCUACAACGCCAUCAUAGGACAUCCAUGGAUACACGCCAUGUGGGCCGUCCCGUCAAGUUUUUACCAAGUAAUCAAAUUUUCCACCCCAUGGGGAAUAUUCAGCAUCCGAGGCGAGCCACGCACCGUCCAAGAAUGCUACCGGAUCGCCCAAGAUUGA